UCAUCACUUCACUUUGCCAUCGUCUAUUCAAACCCAAAACCCUAAUCUCAAAUCUCCAUGGCACCACCAAAGCGACUCCGCAUCUCUCCGCUCGACGAUCCACCCACCGCCUCCUCUUCCUCCGAUGACGACCAACCACCUUCCUCCAAAAAGCCAGAAGAUGAAGUAGUCGAUGAAGAAGAAGAUUCAGAAGAAGAAACUGAUCAGAAUGAAGAAGAUGAUAAAGAUGAAGAUGAAGGUUCUUCAUCCGAAGAAGAACAAGUUCAACCUCCUUCCAAUAAUCCUCCACCUUCUACCCCAAUCUCAAACCCUAAACCCGACUCCGGCUCCGAAUCGGAAUCUGGGGCCGAAUCUGAUUCUGAACAAGAACCUACUCCACCUAACGCCAAAGUCAAGCCUCCUGUACCGGCCAGAUCUGGAACAAAGCGUGCAAACGAAAACGGUUCCAAACCUGCUAAGAAGAAAACAACCGGCGCCGGCGGUGGUUCUGAAAACGAGGCGGAUGGAGACGGUGACCUGAAAAUGACAGGGGAAGACUCAAAGAAGAUGAAUCAGAGAGUCUUCACUGAAGGAGACGAGAUUGCCAUUCUGAAAGGUCUUGCUGACUUCAUUUCCAAAACCGGAAAGGAUCCGAUGAAGGAAUUGGUCGGAUUUCAUAGUUUUGUGAAGAAAUCUAUUCACGGGGAUGUGACUACCGAACAGCUGAAGCGGAAGGUCCGUGGUUUGAAGAUGAAGUUCAAAGACGGUGGUAGUUUCACUAAAGAGCAUGAUAAGAAAGCUUUUGAACUUUCCAAAAAGGUUUGGGGUAAUACUGAAGGCAAUAAUAACGUAGGCAAUGAAGGUGAAGAAAAUGGAAAAGUGAAUGAGAAAACUCCGAAGAGUACUAAGAAGGAAGCUCCGGUGAGAAACAAUGGUUCUGCUAAGAAAGAAAAAGUUGUCAAUGGUGCUGGAAAAGAUGAGGGUGGUGUUGAUAGAAGCUUGGCUUUGAGUGAAAUGUGUAGAUUUGGUGAAGCUCCGGGGUUAUCCUUGUUGAACAUGAAUGCUAUGGAAAGGGGAAUAGGAUUGUUGGAGGAGUCCAUGGUUGAUGAGUUUAACGAGGGAUGGAGAAAGGUUCAAAUUGCGGAGAUGGAACUGUUUGUGGCCCGGGGGCAACUGAUUACGGAUCAGGCUAGGAUAGCAUUGGACGCGUUGAAGAAGACGCGUUGAAGAAGUCUAUCAGUUAGUGUUGUCUUGAUGUUAAUUUUGUGGCUAAUCCGGUAAAGGUUCUGAACAAUUAAUUAGGGUUAUCUUAGGGUUAAUUUUGUUGCUAAUAUGGUACAUGUUUUGGAUAUGUUCUCUUUUUUAUUUAUGCUUUAUUUAUGCAGUGAUUUUGUGGUUAUCUUAUGAUCAUUUGGUUUGACAACUGCAGAUGAAUGAUGAAUGUAUUAUGACUUUUUCUUAUGAAAUUAUUGUGGUUGUUUGAUCCUUUGAUUAUUGUUUAUAUGAAAUUGUUAUGGUUUAGAAAUUUUGAAUAUUGUGAUUGCUCAACAUGCAAAGAUAUUAUGUAAUUUUGAUGGUUGUAAUGUUA